CUGUCAUCUCUCACAUUCUCCUCCUCGUUCAUGACCAUGCGCACACGCUCUAAAAGGACCCAGCCGUCGCCCGUCUCCUCUGCACCCACCACCGAAUCCGAGAUGACUGAAACCAAGCCUCUUCUUAACGGCCGCAGGAACGGCGAGAUCAAGACGGACGGCCACCCGAACGGCAACGACGGCAAGGCGAGCAAGUGGGCCAAGCCUCAGCUUCUCAGCUACGCCGAGAGCCGUCGUCUUGUGCCGUGGGCCACUGACAAUGAGUUCAUCACGAGCGGGUACCGCCCGCAGCUCAUCAACCUCAGCUCCUGCCUCUACUCUGCGAUCGGCUACAUUCACAACGAAACUGUCAAUAUCCACUCUCACUCGAUCGGCGCCGCCUUCUGGGCCCUCAUGCUUCCGCUCCACCUCUUCCCCGCCCACUUCCCUACCCUUGGCGUCUUUCCCGCCGACCUCCCCUCCUCGACCAUCGCCAAAGCUUGUAUGGCCUGCUACUUUGUCUGCGCCGUCACCUGCCUCGGGCUGAGCUCAUGGUUCCACACCGUCUCCUGCUGCACGCGCGAAGUCUGCAACCUGGCCCAUUGCGGCGAUUACGUCGGCAUCGUUGUCCUCAUUGUCGGCUCCAUCCUCCCAGGCAUGUACUACGGCUUCCACGACCAGCCCCUUCUCCAGGGCCUUUACAUGACAGGCAUCACGGCGGCCGGCCUGACUUCCGCCUACAUCGUGCUGUCGCCGCACCACCGCAACCAUCGGUGGGACCGCACGCUCACGUUCAUCGCCCUCGGACUCUCCGCCGUCCUUCCCGUCGGCCAUGUCGUAGUCGCGCGCGGCCUCACCUACGCCCGCGAGAUGAUGGGCCUCUCAUACAUCGUCGCAGGCGGCGCGUCGUACAUCCUCGGCGCGGUGCUCUACGCCGCACGUAUUCCCGAGAGCCUUUACCCUGGCAAGUUCGACUACUUCGGCAGUAGCCAUCAGAUCUUCCACUGCUUCGUCCUGCUCGGCUCGUGGUUUCAGUUUGCCGCGCUGCGCUGGAUGCACGUCGGGCGUGUGAUGGCCGACAUGUAGUCUCGCGUGGUCUCCUUGCACCAUAGCGGACACGGGCGACGGGCCUGCCCGCAUCCCAGCAUUGUAGAGCUCCACUUUGUAGAGAGCUUCCAGCGCCGCACCGCCGCAUCACAUUCGUCUUCGACGAGGCGCGGCGUUACGGCCACUACGCUGUACUCAGCCACAUCUAGAUCGAUAGACGGUAGACGCUGAAAAGCGACUGAUGCAGUUCUGUCCUGCGUGGCGUUG